UUUUAUUGUGAAGGCAGGUAAAUGCAGCUACCGGAAAGCUCCGCGCCUAAACAGUUGGGAGUGGAGUGUGUUAGUAGAGUUAGCGCGGUGCUGUUUACCAUGUAAAUACUGUGUUUACAUUAGAGGUUAAGAACGAAUAUAUUUACUUGUCCGCCAAAACCUUUGUCUCAGUUUAAACACUGAAAUCAGCUGUCGUUGUUGGGCUUGCUAACGUUAGCAAAUCUGCGCUGCUACUUCCUCCAGCCAUCAAGCAGUAGCUAUGGAUCUUGAAGAUAGCCCACACAGCCCGGACGAAGACACCAGCAUGCCAGAACAAAACCCCAAAUACAAGAGGAGUCUGAGGAGUCUUCAUGUGCUCACCACGAAGUUUGUCCAGUUACUGCAAGAGUCUGAAACCGGUGAGCUGGACCUGAGAGACGCGGUCAGGGCUCUGGCUGUUGGACAGAAGAGGCGAAUCUACGACAUCACAAAUGUACUGGAGGGCAUCGGCCUGAUUAUGAAAAUAUCCAAGAGCACCAUAAAGUGGAUAGGCAACACGUUGGGAGAGAAUACACAGCUGUUAGCCAAUAGACUGGUGAAGUUAAAGUCUGAGGUGAAGGACUUGGAGCAAAUGGAACGUGUUUUGGACCAGCAGAAACGCUGGGUCGAACAGAGCAUCAAGAAUAUAACAGAAGACUGCAGAAAUCUGUCAUAUGUGAAUCAUGAAGAUAUCUGCAACUGCUUUUGUGGCCACACACUUUUAGCAGUGCAAGCACCACCUGGCACACAGCUAGAUGUCCCCAUUCCCAAAGCUGUCCAGAACUGCCCGGCAAGGUACCAGAUCCAUCUGAAAAGCGUCAGAGGUCCCAUAGAUGUCGUCCUUCUAAACAAAUGCUCCGUCAGCUCUGCUCCUGUUGUACUUCCAGUCCCACCAGCAGAAGAAAUUUUACAGAGCGCCAGCUUAGCUCUGUCUGCCUGGCGAGAAGAAAACAGUAAAGUCAGUAACAAAACUGAUGAAUCCAAAACGCCGGAUCCAUCGAACCAACGUCAGGACCAAACAGUGCCGCCCAGAGGAAUAUUAAAUACGAAUCUAAUCACACAGCUCUUGGCCUCUGAAGAUUACACCUGUGAUCUGGACGAGAGAGAAGGCAUCUGUGACCUCUUUGACAUCCCCAUGCUCAAAGCCUGUGGUUACAUGAGCUAAUGUUUAUAAUUGGGUGUGAUUUUAAACACUGGUUUGUGAUGAAAUGCAUUUAAUCAGAACCGUGGGACCUUGGCGAACGUGCAGUAUUCUUCUUGAGCUUCCUGAAGAUUCAUAUUUAUGUUUUCAGCGCUGUUGUUGUGUUGAUGUAAAGUGUCCAAGAGUUUGAAUUUGGAAGCAAAGGGCGUGCACAGAAAGAGCACAGUCAGAGUUAAAGUAUUUGUAUUCUGGUUGAACUGUCAAGCAUUUCAGCUUUUAAGCCAAUUGCUACCAGAAUUUUAGGCUCCAUGUAAAAGCACAACAGGUGGCCUAGAGUCACAGCAGUUAGCCCUGUUGACUCACAACAGGAAGGUCCUGGGUUUGAAUCCAGCCUUUUGUGUGGGGUGUGGGUUUUUUCUUGGUAUGCUGAUGUCUCCAACAGUCCAAAGACAUGCUAGGUUAAAUGGUGACUGGUGCCUAGAUUACCUGGCUAAACUAGCCACUGUUAUGAGUGUGAGUGUUAAAUCUGUCUCUGUGUUGGCCUGAUGAUUGACUACCUCUCGCCUCGCUGGGACCUGUGACCAUGAUUUGGAUAAGCUUUUUAGAUGGGUGUAAGUGUACCCAGUGUUUUAUCUGGAACUCAGCCCUAUGUUCAAAAGUGAAUAUUCUCUUUUUAAAUAAUGAUUUGUAUUUAACUUUUAAGACAUAACAACAAUAAAAUUAUGCAAAAAGUUUUUGUAUUUUCUAGAAAAAUUGGAAAUGGUAACAGUACAACACUGAUACCAAUCGAUGAAAUGUGGUCCCAAACCAUGACGGAGCCUCCACCGUUUUCGAUGACUUAAAACACUCACUAUUGUAUUUCUUUUCUAAUCGCCAUACAUAUUGAUUUAAACCACGAAUGUCAACUUUGGAUGCAUCACUCCUUAAGUCCUUUUGCUAAUUGAUUGACUAUUUUCUGGUCUAGUUCUUGGACAGCUUGAUGUCCCUCAGCCUUUUCUUCCCGUUUCCCUUCCUUAAUAUGUCAUUAAAACUAUUCCUGAUUAGUAGAUCAGUCAAUCAACUGAA